UUUCGAACAAAGUAGGCUCUUGCCUUCUCUGCACUUGAAAUCUGCCGUGGUUCAUGAUCAGAGGUAGAAACGCAGUCAUUGCAAUAACGCUCGAUUUGAUCGUUAACUUCCUAUACCACAAUGCGAUAGCAUACGAAAUAUGAUAAGGGUUAGACGUUCUUCAUUUACAAGUCCACUUGUCGAGCUAGCUAUUAGCCAUUGGCUAACCAACUUCUGCUUUUGCUGGCUCAUGUGCCGACUGUGUGGUGUUUAAGUAGGCUGUCUAGUUUAAGUAGGCUGUCUUCGUCAACUUACCCGGGGACCCUAAUGUUUUGUAGGCCUAUACAGAGUUAGGUGUAAUAUCCACUUACGGUACAAUAAGGUAGGCUACGGGUUUUCUACAUCUGGUAGUUUUCUGUCACUGUCGCGACAUUCUCCGAGGUGACUGGAAGAGAAAGGUAACUUAGCUAGCUAGACUACAUAGCUCGCUAAUGAAUUGCACUAACCUCCAACAAUUAACGUGAAGCCUUUGCCAUGAACCUCCUUUAAUUGCAAUACACUACUACUGGAACUAGAUAUACCUUAGUAACGUUUACGUCUACAUUUUUUUUGACGUGACUGACAGCCAUAGUGUGGUCUGCUUUUGACAGUUGAGUUAGCUUAUGAAUGCAAGGUCUUGUUCUACUGGAGUUAAAGGCAGCCUAUCCCACGUUCACUGUAAAUUCACUCUUACAACAUGAGCGGAGACAACGAAUUGUCUGAUGGCGACAAACAUUAUUUUGAAGUAGCAAAAGAUUCUGAGAAAGACCCGCAGAUUCAAUUCAUAGGUGGACCACUGCCUUUAAAUGACAUUAACGUAAGCGCUGACAAGAGGCAGCCAGCCACACGUUUGUACAAGAAACGCUGGCUUAUAGUGCUUCUAUUUAGCUCUUACUCUCUCUGCAACUCGUACCAAUGGAUCCAGUACGGAAUUAUCAACAAUAUCUUCAUGAAGUUCUAUGGAGUCGAUACAUUCACCAUAGACUGGAUGUCUAUGAUCUUCAUGCUGACUUACAUACCCUUUAUAUUCCCGGUUACCUGGCUACUCGACAAGAAGGGGCUGAGGGUUAUUGCGCUGAUAGCCACGGCUAUGAACUGCGUCGGGACAUGGAUCAAGGUGGCUAGCGCACGACCAGACCUGUUCGCGGUGACCUUUUUGGGUCAGUUCUGCUCAUCUUUUGCGCAAGUGUUCAUUUUAGGAAUGCCUUCGCGAAUAGCAUCGGUGUGGUUCAGCUCAGAGGAGGUUUCAACGGCCUGCUCAAUUGGAGUAUUCGGAAACCAGCUUGGCAUUGCCAUUGGCUUCCUGGUGCCCCCUAUCCUGGUGCCAAAUGUGGAAGACAUGGACGAGUUGGCACACCACAUUCGCGUGAUGUUCUACAUAACCGCUGGUGUGGCUACCGUGCUCUUUGUUCUCGUUGUCAUUGUCUUCCAGGAGCAGCCCGAGAUUCCACCCACCCAGUCCCAGGUCACGGCCAGAAGCAUUCCGCCGGAGGAGUACUCCUACAUGGCCUCCAUCAAGAGGCUCCUCUGCAACAAGCCAUUCAUCCUCCUGAUCAUCAGCUAUGGCCUCAAUGUGGGCUGCUUCUAUGCUGUCGGCACGCUGCUCAACCGCAUGAUCAUUGAGUACUAUCCAGGUGAAGAAGUGAAUGCUGGCAGAAUUGGGCUUACCAUUGUUAUCGCAGGAAUGGUUGGCUCCUUGAUCUGUGGAAUAUGGCUUGAUCGGACCAAAACCUACAAACAGACCACGUUGGCGGUGUACCUGAUGUCCUUCCUCGGGAUGAUUGUGUUCGCGUUCACGCUUGACUUGGGGCACUUGUGGGUUGUCUUCAUCACCGCUGGAGCAUUAGGGUUUUUCAUGACCGGCUACCUGCCACUGGGCUUUGAGUUUGCUGUGGAACUCACCUAUCCAGAGUCGGAGGGCACAUCGUCAGGGCUGCUCAACUGCUCUGCUCAGGUUUUUGGCAUCAUCUUCAUCAUCUGCCAGGGAAAGAUCAUCGAUUCCUUCGGCAUUCUGCCCGGCAACAUUUUCCUCUGCGUUUUCUUGCUCAUCGGCACAAUCAUGACUGGCGUUAUCAAAUCAGACCUGCGGAGACAGAAGGCAAAUAAAUUGGCCAAGGAAGCUGCGGAGAAGGAAUGUCUCCAGGGAACGGACUACGGUGCCACGGCUCUGAUCACCCCUUCACCGCUCUGAUCAUUAAACCCCCUCACCCCCUCCCCCCAUUUCCCCCUCCCCCCAUUUCCCCCACCCCCCUUUUUUCCCUUUGAACGCCCCCCUUGUCCCUCAAAUCUCCACAUCCACCCGCCAUACCCAAGGAAAACCAGAACGGAACGCUUCAGUCCUCUGCCAUCUUGGCUGAAGCCAGGCUGUAGAAAGGAUGUGGCAGAGUCCUUCUGUUGUACUGAGGGAAGACCACAUGUGUGCACUAAAAAAGAUUUAAGGCUUUGAAAAUCAUCUCACAGCACAAAAAAAGAAGUCCUCCAACGGCGGGACUUUUUUUUCUGUUUAAUGUUUUUACCAUCAUUGCAGUAUUAGCAUUAUAAAAACUGUUCACUUGAUUGUUUCGUAGAUUUUUCUCUUUUUUUCAGGUAAUGAAUGUUUGUAAAUUCUAAAUGUCUAGUGCCUAGUGUUCCGUUCAAAAAAUAUUUGUUUGUAGAGAUGCGUGUUGUUUUUCUAAACUAUGUGCACAAACAACAGCCAUGGAAACCUUUUGUCUGGUUCUUAUCAAUAGAACUGGAAACUUCUUUAUCUUCAUGUUUAAGGGGUGUAGGUUUUUUAUAUAUAAUUUUUGAGAGAGAUGUACGUGUUCCUUUUAGACUGAAGCUCAAAGAAAAUAUAAUUGUGUCUUACAAUGGAGGUCAGUCACUGUAUUGGUUCCGUAAAGCACAUGACAUUGAUCAUUUUUAUACCACCUCUGUGAAGUGAUUUUAAACAUGCCACAAGUGUAUGACAAUAAUUAAGAAGUCAACUUUUUUGUAUUUGAAGUGCUUUUUUGUAAUUUUACAUUUACUCAUUUUUAUCUGUAUGGACAGGAAAAAACAAUGUGUAAUAAAUAAGGAA